GUGCCUCUGAAGUUGAUGUUGUGUGCAAUUCACUCCCCCAAAAUUCCCCAAUUAAACAAACCCUCGUUCGUUCGCCGACCUCCUCCGCCGUCCCCGUCUCCGGCGGCGCCACCCCAUGUCGGUGGACGACUGCUCCGUCCCGUUCCACUCUCCUUUCCGGGAGCCGACCGCCUACGACCGCUGGGGGAAGAGCCCGCAACCCUGCUGGUCGCAGCUCGAUCUGGACAAGUGCGCACUGGGAGGCUCGCAAGGGCGAGGCGGCGUCGACAGGCACAAGGUGAAUUUGCCAGAGGAGCCAAAGCAACACCAUCCUGCUCAAGGAGUCGAGCUGGAUGGGCUUCCAAGGACAGGAGUACCCCAUGCAUCAGGAGCCGAGCUGCCUGUGCUUCCAAGGAGAGGAGCACUCCUGAAGGUAUCAACAUGGAGGAACAUGGAUUUAGGUUUCAGUUCACUUUCCCUGAACCCGAUUAUGGGGAGUACGGCGCCGAUUUCGGUGAGGAAGAGGAGUGUUUACCGAGGCAGAGGAAACCUCCGGAAGUAAGGAAUGCACUCCGUCAGAAGAGAGUCGCGUUUAGGCAAAAGACUGGGCGGCACCAUGCAAAGGUUGCCCUGCGUAAGUACAACAGAGCAAACAACACCAAGUUUGAGCUGGUGGAGGUACCAGUGAUCCGUGAGUUUUGGGAGUUUGGAGGGGGCUGCAUCCAUUACAACUUCACGGCUAAGCAAGCAGAGGAUCAUCAUCAUUCUGCUGAUACCGACAGCACCAAGCUCUUCUUCUCCGAGGUCAACUCCGCUUUCCAUGGCGAGAAGGAUGUGGUCCUGUGCUGUAUCGUUGGAGAACAUGAUAAUGGUACGUACUUGCCAGAGAGAUUGCUGUUUUCUAAUUUCUGUAUAUAUAUGCAAUUCCUUCUUUUUCUUUGUCCUGCCUUACGUAUGUGCAAUUCCUAAAGAGUACUUUUUGCAGAUCAAAUCCUGGAUAUAAGUUGUCCAUGCCAUAAACUUGUAGAAACUAUCAAUCCUAAUGAUAUUGCUUGCCCUUCCUGCUACAUAGUUAGUGUCACCUUUCGCAAUUGAACAAUCCUGCAAAUAAUAUGAACCUUUGUUGAAACUGUCAGUUAUGCCUCUAGAUCAUAUGUCCUGCUGCUUAAUGGAUGUAAAUAUACAUGAAGAAGCAGUUAAGCAAAGAUGGCAGUUUUGAGAUGCUCAAACCUGCUUUGUUAGGCUUCCAGUUAGUUCUAUGCAUGCUAUCUAUGUCUCCAGAAUAGCAUGUAAUUGUAAGGUUUGCGUUAGCUGCAAUCUAUUUUGUUUAUUCAUGCACUAGUAGAAAACAGGGCUUUGGUCCAGGCCGGGUCAGCCCAUUAGUCCCGGUUCAGUCCAGAACCGGGACCAAUGUAGGUAUUGGUCCCGGUUCGUGAGCCCAGGGGGCC